UCCAACAAGUGACAGGAAUGUGCUUUCAUGUAUUGUCAACUCAUUUAUUUGCCAUAAAUAUGCACUAAAAUAUGGCCUUUAAAUAUACAAGUAUUACUUAAUUGAGAAACUCAAAAAAUGUUAUUUGAUCAUUCUUUUGUUUCCUAAUUCAAAGACAUGUCUCAAAAAGUUGGAAAAAUUGAAAUUGUUAUUAAAGGUGGACAGCCUUGGGGAUUUCGUUUACAAGCUAAAGCUGAAAACAGGUCCGUCGUAAUUGUGGAUGAGAUUGUAAGAGGUGGAAGAGCUGAUCAACAAGGAGAGCUGAAAGUUGGUGAUCAUGUAAUAAAAAUAAAUGGUAUCCAAUGCUUAUCUUUAGCAGAUGCUUUGCAGCUUAUUGAUUCUGCAUUUCGCACACUUACAAUUGUUGUUUGGAGGACAAACAACUUCUUAAGUAAAGAUAAGCCAAAAGAUUAUUUUGAUGCUGUGCAUCAAUUUGAUCAGAUGCCAAACAAUGCUCCUUAUGAAUCCCAAAGUACUCCACAAAGUACAUCAAUCUAUGAAAAUAUUAAUUUUACAUUUCAAGAAGGAAAACAAAGAAGCAGAAAAUUCUCCCCUAUUGAAAAAUUUUGCCAUGUUAAUAACAAAGAUAUUUUGACCACCAAUUCUCAACAUUUACCUUCCAAUACCUCCAAAGUGUAUCCUGCAAAGAAUGACUAUUAUAAAAAUAAUUUUAAAACACCAUAUUCUUGUGUAGAUAAAACAUUCAAAAUUGAACCAGAAAAUAAGGCUGCUUAUGUUUAUAAUCCUGAAAGGAAACAUCAUUCCAAAACACAGAAAGAUUUGCAUCUCUAUAGCAAUGUGCAACCACUUCCUGCUUUAAAUUAUAUGCCUGAAAUUAAUAAAUAUGAAAGAAGACAUUUUUCUAGAACUCCAAAAGAAACUAGGCAGUAUAGCAAUGUACAUUAUUUUAACAAUUCAACAUAUGGAAAGAUAUUUAAUAUUUCUGAAUCCCCAGACACAACACCUGUGCCAUCCAUUCCAAUUCAAGGAAAUAAUAUGCCCACUGCCAAUCAUAAUUUGGGGCAGUACCCUAUUAAUAACACACCAACCAAUAAUACCAAAGUCUCAACUGAAUAUGAUUGUUGUAGAUACCCCAACUGCCAUAAUAAAUACUUCAACUGUAAAAUACAUUCACCUCCUGAAAGAGAUGUUACAUAUCCUGCUAGACAGUCAUUUAAAAAUGAUUAUGAAAAUAUUGAUUUUAUUUCUCAACCUAAUUUUACUUAUAAAGAUCAAAAUAACUGUGAUAAUUUAAAUUAUGAACAAAACAUUGAAGAACCAAUUUUAAAUUCUGUGCCUUUUGGAAAUGAAAAGAAAGAGCUUGAUUAUAAAACUUUAAAAUGGAAGAACGAUUCUGUGCCAUCAAAUUCCUGUGAUUUUCCUGUAAUCAAAUCAUCAAAUAAUCCUUCUAAUUACAAAUUAGAAGAAUCAUUAAAUUAUAUUGUUCCUAAAACAACCUCAGAUACUCCUACUAACUCAGUGGGUGAAAAUUCAGUGUCACCUUUGUGCCAUUUUUCAAACAGUGCUUAUGAGACAAAAGUUAAUUCUUCAGUUAAAGCUGAUGAUUUAACUUGUCAAUCUCUUAAAGAUUCUAAUAUUUUUCAUGAUAAAACAGUAUAUGGUCAAAUUAACCAUGUGUCAUACAAUGUGCAAGGAAAAGAAUCAACAAGUAAAUGUUUAUAUUCUUCCUGGAGCAAGCCAUCCUUUAGCAAAAGGAUGUUUAGUUCUAUGAAUAAUGCUUCUUUUAUCAAAGAAAAUGAUAUGUUUUUUGGUGCCAGUAACAACUCUAUGUGUAUGAUUUCUAAAGAAGCAGCUGUUGUGAAACUCGUUUCAUCAAGACCUCAACAAAUAUAUGUAGAUGAAGAUGACGAAUUGAAAGAAAUUGAUGCAAACAGGAAUAGAAUUGCUGCAUCUUUUUCACCAAUUAAUGCAUCUCCACCUUUACCAUCACCACCACCUGAAAAUGACACAGAAAUAUUACCAUAUCAUGAGCCACUUCCAUCACCUCCAUUAUUUGUUUCUGAACAAAAGCAAAAUAAUGGCAGUGAAAGGGUUGAAACCAUUUAUGCAAACUUAGAAAUGUUAAAAAUUCAAUACUCUGUUGUAAGUUCUACUUCGCAAACAAAUACCUCAAAUGAAAAACAUUCUGUAAAAUAUUCAAGCAGUGUGGAAGAUAUUGCUAGCAACAUCUCUUCAGAAGAAAGUACAUCUCAUUCAGUCCAGUCGGAGUUUGUUGAGGCAAAGCCCCAAGUUGAUGAUCCAUUUAUGGAAAAGAUAUUUCAAAAUCAAGAAAAAAAUUUGAGAAUGCUUAAUCUUCCAUUUAAUAGUGCAUACUUUACUACCUCAGUACCAAAAGCAAAGCUUCUUACUCGUUAUACAUCUAAACUUCACCCCAAUAAGAUGACUGAAGUAAAAGAACUUUCUAAUGAAAAGGAGGAAUUAAUUGCAAGUCUCAGGAAGAAAUUAAAUAUUUUACUUGAAGAAGAAGCUGCUCUACAGGAUGAAUUGCGACAAAAUGAGGAAUUAGGAAAUAAUCUUUCAGAUAAAUUAGAUGGCACUGCCACACAAAAUGAAUUGAAAAAAUUUAGAAAUCAUGUCCAGGAAUUGGAAAAAAUUACCAACUUAUUAUUAUCCUUAUCUGGAAGAUUAGCAAGAACUAAAAAUGCUCUUUUGAUUUUACCAUCUGAUGCUUCAGCUGAAGAAAAGGUGCUUUUGGACACGAAGUAUAAGAAACUCACUCAGCAAUAUGAGGAAGCUCUUCAUCUUCAAAAAGAUAUCGAUAAUAGAAACAAACAAGUAUUAGUUUACUUGCAAAAGUAUUUAAAUAAAGAUGAGCUUGCUGAUUACAAUCACUUUAUUAAGAUGAAAGUCAAGCUUUUAGUGGAUUACAAAGAGUUAGUGGAAAAAAUUAAAUUGGGGGAAGAACAGCUUAAAGCUCUAACAAACAGUUAACUCAUUGAUUCUCACAUUGAAAAAUGACGUUUAUAGUUUGUGUGUGUAUAUAUAUAUUUAUAUUAAUUUAAAAUACUGCUGGACAAUGACAAAUUUAGGAAAAAAAAUUUUAACUUAUUAAAUGAAGCAUUUUUGCUAUUAUUGUUUGUAAGAAUUUUUGUUACUUCCUUUACUCUCAGGAAAUGGAGUGUGAUAUAUUUAAUAUUUGAAAAUGAAGUGAAAAAAAAACAAUAAGUAUAAGAGUACUUUUACAACAAAUCAGCUAAGACAGAAUUGCAUAUUUUUCUAAUGUGCCUUAUUUUAUAUUUUUGUUUAAAAUGUAACUAAACAUGUUACAUAGUUAAAGGUGUUGCUGUUAUAUUGCUUUUUUUGUAUUUUUAUGUGCUAGAAUUUUAAGAAAAUGAUUUU